GAAUUAAUUUCAUCCGAAAUGGAGGAAUAUGACUUUGAUCAUAAAAUAGUGGAAGUAAAUGGGAUAAAUAUGCAUGUUGUUGAAAAAGGACAAGGUCCUUUUGUUCUAUUCAUCCAUGGAUUCCCAGAAUUAUGGUAUUCAUGGAGGCACCAAAUUAUAUUCAUGGCUAAACAUGGUUAUAGAGCUGUGGCUCCUGAUCUUCGCGGUUAUGGUGAUACCACAGGAGUACCUAAAGAUGAUCCAAGCAAGUUUAGCUCAUUAAGAGUUGUGGGUGACUUAGUGGAACUUUUGAAUACCAUUGUGCCUGAGGAAGAUAAAGUGUUUGUUGUUGGCCAUGAUUGGGGUGCUCUUAUUGCUUGGAAUCUUUGUUUAUUGAGGCCAGACAAAGUUAAGGCUUUGGUUAAUAUGAGUGUGCCAUUUUCUCCAAGGAAUCCUAAGAGAAAACCAAUUGAGUCAUUGAAGGCUAUCUAUGGUGAUGACUAUUAUAUUGUUAGAUUCCAGGAGCCUGGAGUGAUGGAAGCAGAGUUUGCAAAAACAGGCACUAAGAAAGUUUUGGAGAAUUAUUUAACUUAUAGGAACCCUGGACCAUUAUACUUGCCUAAAGGCAAGCCUUUUGAUGAUAGUCCAGUAAUUUUGCCCUCUUGGCUAUCACAAAAAGAAGUUGAUUAUUUUGCUAGCAAAUAUGAACAAACUGGCUUUACUGGUGGAUUUAAUUAUUACAGAGCACUUGACUUAAAUUGGGAAUUGACAGCAGCAUGGAGUGGUGCGAAAGUGAAAGUACCAGUAAAGUUCAUUGUGGGAGAUUUGGAUUUAACUUAUAAUACCCCUGGAGCAAAAGACUAUAUAAACAAAGGUGGAAUGAAAAAAGAUGUGCCUUUGCUAGAAAAAGUGGUUAUAUUGGAAAAUGUUGGCCAUUUUCUUCAACAAGAAAAGCCUGAUGAAAUUAACAAACACAUUCAUGAUUUCUUCAAGGGCUUUUCUUCUACUUGAAGGUUUGAAGUUUUAGCCCUUUCAAGUUUGUUUUGGGGGCAUAGUAACUUUUGAUGUAAUUGAAUAAAGUACAUGUGAAGAAAAUGGUUAUAUUGGAAAGAGUUGGCCAUUUUCUUCCACUUGAAGGUUUGAAGUUUUAGCCCGUUCAAGUUUGUUUUGGGGGCAUAGUAACUUUUGAUGUAAUUGAAUAAAUUACAUGUGAAGAAAUUGGUUAUAUUGGAAAUAGUUGGCCAUGCUCUACUACUUGAAGGUUUGAAGUUUUAGCCCUUUCAAGUUUGUUUUGGGGGCAUAGUAACUUUUGAUGUAAUUGAAUAAAGUACAUGUGAAGAAGGUGGUUAUGUUGGAAAGACUUGGCCAUUUUCUUCUACUUGGAGUUUUAAAGUUUAGCCCUCCAAAUUUGCCUUGGAAGUAUAGCAAGUUUAAUUUUGAUGUAAUUGAAUAAAGUACAUGUGAAGAAGUGGUUAUAUUGGAAAGAGUUGGCCAUUGUCUUCUACUUGAAGGUUUGAAGUUUUAGCCCUUUCAAGUUUGUUUUGGGGGCAUAGUAACUUUUGAUGUAAUUGAAUAAAUAACAUGUGAAGAAAGUGGUUAUGUUGGAAACACUUGGCCAUUUUCUUCUACUUGAAGUUUUAAAGUUUAGCCCUCCAAAUUUGUUUUUGAAAUAUAGUAACUUUAAUUUUGAUGUAAUUGAAUAAAGUACAUGUGAAGAAGUGGUUAUAUUGGAAAAGUUGGCCAUUUUCUUCUACUUAGGUUUGAAGUUUUAGCCCUUUCAAGUUUGUUUUGGGGGCAUAGUAACUUUUGAUGUAAUUGAAUGAAGUACAUGUGAAGAAGUGGUUAUAUUGGAAAUAGUUGGCCAUGUUCUUCUACUUGAAGGUUUGAAGUUUUAGCCCUUUCAAGUUUGUUUUGGGGAUAUUGUAACUUUUGAUGUAAUUGAAUAAAGUACAUGUGAAUCAAGUGGCUAUAUUAGAAAGAGUUGUCCAUUUUCUUCUACUUGAAGUUUUAAACUAUAGCCCUUUCAAGUUUGUUUUGGGGAUAUUGUAACUUUUGAUGUGAUUGAAGAAAGUACAUAUGAAGAAGUGUUUGUAUUGGAAAGAUUUGGCCAUUUUCUUGGA